AUGAGUUCGUCAAGAGACACAGAAUCACUGCAGAAUUCGACAAGGGGUUCAACUCCUUUCUAUAGUGAAGAAUUUACUUGUUCUAGUGACCUGUUUAGACGACAUUUAUUUGAUGGACAUAAAUAUAAUAACAGAACUUUGGCCAUUCAUCUACCGAAUCUACCGCAUACACCAACAGUUCCUACUCCUGAAUUACAAGAAGAAUUUAAUAUAGAAACAGAACAAAAUGGAGAAGGAAACGAUUCUUAUGUUGAAUUUAAUUUAUCUCCCAUAUCAUCUUCAGCCCCAUCUCGGUCGUCAAUGACACAAGUAAGAGUUGUAUCAUCAUCAAAACGGAACUCAAUUGAAACUCGAAGCAAAAUCGAGGAAGAGAAUGAAUCUCACAAGAUAGAUUUAAAUAACAAAGAAAUCAAAUUGAUUCCAGAAGUUGAAGAGGAAGAUUUCUUUAAUUCAAGUACAAAUUGGAAAGAUAUGAAAACAAUUUCUGACCUUGAUUAUUAUAAUGAAAAGGGACAAUUGGAAAUCACUUCAAAAUCGGGGAAAGAUUUCUUUGAAAAUGUCAUGAAUAACUUUGGAUAUACCAAAAUAGAUACUGAAGAACAAGUUUCAAAAUAUGCAGCAUUGGAUGCAAAGACAGAUUUCUUAUUUCGAUCUCGUGGGAAACGAAAACAUUCCGAACCGGCAAAAUAUGAAAAGGUAGAUCUUGAAUAUGAAGUAGAGGAAUCUGAUUCCGAAUAUGACGAUGAUGAUAAUAUGGAUUCCGGUGAAACAUUGGAAGAAAUACGAAGUAUGUUGACUGAAUCUCAAAAAUUUGCCUAUAUCGGUAUAGCAAAAUUAUUGACAGUAGAUAUGGCUACAGAAUUGGCCAAGAUUCAAUUUGGAACAUCGUCUACAUUAGCAAAAUCACUCAGUGUAGGGCAAAAGAAUUUUUCUAAUUGGACAAUGUAUGUUAUGUCAAAAUUAUAUGAUCAUUUGAAAGUUGCUGGUCCAGAAAUGACAAUGAUUGAGAAUUUAAGUAAACAUGGAUUGGAAGUCAACGACUUAUCUAGAAGUUUGAUAGAAGUCGGGAUGAAAGCAAACGUUGAAGCCAACCAACAAUGUCUAGAUGAAGAUUUCGAUUUAAGAUGGGUUAUAAUAUGUGAUUUAUUCUUGGUACUACUAAGUGACGGAUAUUACGAUGCUCGUUCAAGGACCCUAUUAAUGAAAUUUGCCAAAACUAUAAAUAUUACACCCAUAGAAAUCCGUCAAUUUGAAAGACGAUUAAUUGAAUGUUUGGAAAUGGAAACUAAACAAAAGACAAUUGAAAACAAUGAUGAACUAUUAAACGAUCAACUGGUUGUUCAAAAACAAAUUCAGAAAAAUAGAAAAAAGAGAUUAGCCUAUAUAGGUUUAGCAACAAUAGGUGGUUCAUUAAUCUUGGGUCUAUCAGCAGGUCUUUUAGCACCAGUGAUUGGAGCCGGUCUUGCUGCCGGUUUAACAACGGUAGGUAUAACAGGUACAAGUGGGUUCUUGGCAGGAGUUGGUGGAGGAACCAUUAUCACAACCACUGGUAUUGCAUUUGGCGCCAAAUUCGGAUCACAAGCAGGCGCAAGACGUGCUGGUGAUGUUCAUACAUUUGAAUUAAAACCAUUGCAUGAUAAUAAAAGAGCCAAUUUGUUGAUUACAGUCAGUGGAUGGAUGAAUGGUCAAGCGGAUGAUGUUAGACUUCCAUUUUCCACGGUUGAUCCAGUAAUGGGAGAUUUAUUUUCUUUAUUGUGGGAGCCAGAAAUGUUGCAAUCUAUGGGUCAAACGAUUGGUAUUUUGGCAAGUGAAGCUUUGAGUACUUCUAUUCAACAAAUCUUGGGUGCGACUGUGUUAACUGCAUUAAUGUCGGCCAUUCAAAUUCCUAUGGUACUUUCCAAAUUAACCUAUUUGAUUGAUAAUCCUUGGAAUGUCUCCUUAGAUAGGGCAUGGAAGGCUGGGAAAAUCCUUGCUGAAACACUUAUUAAUGGAAAUGUCGGAGUUAGACCAAUUACGUUAGUCGGAUUUUCAUUAGGGGCAAGAUUAAUUUAUUCAUGUUUAAUUGAAUUAGAAAGAAGAGGUGGAUAUGGAUUAAUUGAAAAUGUUAUUUUAUUAGGUUCACCAAUCUCGAUUAAGGUAGAUCAAUUGGCACAAGCUAGAUCAGUUGUUAGUGGGAGAUUUAUAAAUGGAUAUUCCAAGAAAGAUUGGAUUUUGGGAUAUCUUUUCCGUGCUACAGGUGGUGGGAUACUGAAAGUUGCAGGAUUAUCCCCAUUGAAAAGGGUUCAUGGCGUUGAAAAUAUUGAUUGUACAGAUUUGGUAGAAGGUCACAUGUCAUACAGAAAAGAAAUCCCCCGUAUUUUGAAAAGAUGUAAUUGGGAAGUGUUGAGUGAAGAAUUCGCGGAAAUCGAAGAAGCUGAUCCAGAACAAACGGAAAGACAGCGUCAAUUAAUUCAUGAAUUCGAUGAAGCUAGAGCGAAGAUGGAGAAAGAAAAACGUCAAAAUGUUGAGCCUAAAGGCUGGAAGAAAUGGUUCAAACCAAAGAAUAAAGAAUGGUGGGAGAUUUAUGGAAAGCCUGAACAGCGUGCUGCUAGUAGCAGUAGGGAAGGGAGUCCAGUUAGAGGGUCUGAAGAAUAUGUGGUUCCGGAUGCCAUGUUUGAUGUAGAGGCUUUGGCUCAAGAAGUAAAAGAAAUAGAGAAUUUAGCAGAUAGUGGAAACACCAAUGACAUGGAACAAAUACGAAAGGAAGUUGAUUCUAAGCGUAGAGAGCUUAAACUUAAUGAAGACUUAGAAGAGGAUUCAAAGGCAAACAAGAAGGAGUAG